AUGUCAGCAAAUCAAAUUACCAAAUUAACACAAGAAGAGAUGGAUGUUAUCAUAUAUGAUGCAAGAAUGGGGGAUCUUGAAGAAUUAAAAGAAAUAUUUGGAUCUGUAUCACCAGAAUUGAUACUAAGUAUAAAAGAUGACAUCACUUUAAGCACCACUAUUCAUAUGGCUUCAGCAAAUGGUCAUUUAGAAACAUUGAAAUAUUUACUAUCAAUAAUACGUAACAAGAAAGAUGCUAUCCAGUUGGUAAGUGCUAAAAAUGAAACUGGAAACACUGCCUUACAUUGGGCUUCGCUCAAUGGUCAUUUACCAGUAGUGCAAUACUUGGUAGAGGAAUAUGAAGCAAAUAUUUUCGAUAAAAAUAAUGCUGGACAUGAUUCAUUAUAUGAAGCUGAGAAUAAUAAUCAAACUGAAGUUGAAAAUUGGUAUUUGAAAAAGUUCGCACCUGAAGAAAACUUUGAUAUUGUAGAAAAUGAAGAUGGUUCCUCAACUAAAAUCACUUAUCAACCCGGUAAAGAAAGUAAAUUGGCCGAUGAUAAUGCAAAAGAGGCUGUUUUUAAAUCAAGUUUGGAAAAAAAACUAGAUAAAGAGGAAGUGAAAGAAGGUAAAACAUUGGAGGAAGUAACCUCAACUUUAUCAAUAUGA